CGCAGCAGAAACGCAGCGGAGCCGGUCUGCAGCUGUUACGCAUCCAGUGGAAAUCCCCGAUGGUGUUCCUGUUUUGGAUUUGACGUCUCUCUUCCUCCCAAAUCUGAGGGAGAUGUCUUCAGUCCAUAGAAACUGUGAUCCUGCCGUAUACAAUGAUGUUAAGAAAACAUUUGACAGUUGCUCCAUUGCUGAUACUUGUGCUGAGUGUCUUCAGAGGACAUACCCUCACAUGUAAUCCAACAGAGUAUCUGAACGGGGAUCAAUGCUGUCCUAGGUGUCCUGCUGGAAGUCGAGUUAGAAAACAUUGCACAGAGUUUGGAAGUACUUCCUGCCUUGAUUGCGAUGAGGGAACAUUCAUGGAUCGUCCUACAGGGCUUACAGAAUGUUUUCCCUGUGCACGCUGUGAUUCAGGUUUAGGUUUAUCGAUAAAGACAGCAUGUACAACUACAUCAGAUACAGUUUGUGAACCACUGGAGGGAUUCUACUGUACGGACUCUUCAGAAAACAGCUGUGGGGAAGCACAGAAACACAGCAGCUGUCAACCAGGACAAUAUAUCAGCCAAAAAGGAACAGCAUUAAAGGACACUGAGUGCUCUGACUGCAGCGAUGGAACAUUUUCUGAUGGGACAUUAUUGACAUCGUGUCAGCCACACACACAAUGUCAAUCAUUGGAUCUUCAGCUGAUAAAACCAGGAACUGCUUCAACGGAUGCUGAAUGUGGAGAACAAAGUUCAGGAGCUGUGAUCGGCAUCUUUGUGGGGGGGCUUGUGAUAUAUUUAAUGGUCGGACUCCCAAUAGCUCUGUUUUUGUGGCGUCUCAAAAAGAUGAAAGACACAGAAAGAAAAAGGAAUUCAGACAAUUCCCAACAGUACUUCAAAAUGAAUAAACAUCCACAUGAAGAAGAACAGCUGCAGGGUGUGGCUGUGAUAAUUAAACACAGAGACAGUUCAUCGGACACGUCAGAGGAAAGUUCCAGGUUCAAUGAAAUCCAGUAGGAUGCUGACACAUUGUAAGUUGUACAGAAAUGAAUCAGUCCAAGGUGAAUUUUGGCCACUGUGCUCCAAAGUGAACACCUGCUGGUCUGCAGCCUGCAUCACUAUCUUCCAGAGAUGUUACUGGACAGAGACUAGUCAGUCUGGAAUAACAGCUUGGAGCAAGUCCCGGACUAAGUAUGUAACGGCUCCAGGCUCUUCACUCAGAACUUCUGCUCCAUCUCUCUCACCUGGACAUUUUGCUGCUUGUACAGUGAGCUCUCCUUGUGUGGAACUCCUUAAAGGCCAACAUGUUCCCAUCCCUGUCAUUCCAAGCCACAGAUCACCCAGACAUCAUGUGUCUGAAGGCAGGUAUCAUCAGAGAGCUAACACCUGGCCCCUAGCUUCAUCAGGACACCGAGGCUGUCAGGCCCUGAUGGUGAUCUGUCAGUGAUUUUUAGAAAUAGCUUUAACUAUCGGUUGGUUAGCACCGAGACUGUCCCCUCAAUUGAACUCAAUAUGACUCGGAAAAAAGUCCCACAUUCUGCUCUUGAUAUUUAGUUAUUAAUUUGAUGUUGAUAUUUGUCACUAAUAGUGAUAUGAUCCAAAGCUUAUGGAAAUAAUUACAUGGCAAAACUGUAAAUAUAGAUUGUUUUUAUUUCAAAACUGUCCCCAAUAUCUUAAAGGACAAUUAUUAUAAUAAUAAUAAUACACAAAUGUCAGUUUGCAAAGACUCCCCUAGAGUGGAAUGCACUACAACACAAACUUUCUAUGCUCAACAAAUGUAUAAAACAUCAAUAGCGCCCAAGCCAGGAAACUAUGUACACUUAUGUCUGAAUUUCUCUCUCUCUCUCUCUCUCUCUCUCUCUCUCUCUCUCUCUCUCUCUCUCUCUCUCUCUCUCUCUCUCUCUCUCUCUCUCUCUC